CUGCGCCAGUUUGAUCAUAAUAUGAAACGACUAGAGCGGGAAGCAAUGGUGUCCAAGCGAGAAGCAGCCAGAGUCCGCCGGUUUGUUUGCGAUCAACUCCACGAUGAGCCGGACCUCAGUAAACUGAGCUUGGGGAUUUUAAAGAAGCGUUACUUGGCGUUGGAGGGACUUGAAUCAUUAAAUCCACAUACCCGAAAUUAUAUGAAACAGGUGGUUGAAGAGGAGCUGAUGAAGAUGCAGGACAUUGAUGAAAAUGGAGGUGAGCAGGAGACCAAGAAGCCCCAAAACAAAAGGAAAAGAGAGCAGGAAAACGACGAGGUGAAAAGUGGGACAGAUGAGGAAGAUGAAUCCAGAGCAAAGAAAUCCCGCUGUCAGUCAAGCUCAUCAUCAGAAUCUGAGGAUGAAGACGGCUGUAAAACAGGAAGUGAAAAGGAGGACCAAAGUAGUUCUGGGUCUGAGGACACGGUGGGGAAGGUGAAAAACCCCCAGCAAAAAACAAAUGCAAAACAGACGCAGCGUAAAAAAAAUCAGGACUCUUCAGAUGAGGAAGUGAGUGAGUCAGGAAAAAAUGAGAGUGACUGUGGUGAAAGUCCAAAAGAAAGGAUGAAAAAGAAAGGCAAUCCAAAGAGUGGAGAGAUGAAGAGAAGCAGCAGUUUAAGUCCUGGAAAGAAAAAAACCUCAAGUGGUGAAGAGGAUGAAAGUGAGACGGAUAAAAAGAAUGACAAACGUGACUGUAACGAGUCCUCGGAUGACAACGAAAAAGAUGAAAUGGUCCCUGUUCAAAAGAAGAAUAACGAGACAGACUCAGAUUCAUCAUCGCUCACUUCUUUGGAGGACGACGACCAGAAGGGUGGGACAGAAAAUAGAAAAAAGAAAACUGUGAAAAAAGAGAGAGAGAGCACCAAGGGUGAAAAGGAGGACAAUAAAACAGUUGUGAGGCUGAAACGUUACAUCGCCCUCUGUGGUGUGAAGAGAAAUUACAAGAAGCUCCUCAGUGGCUGUCGGUCUGUGCGCUCAAUGGUUACUGUUCUAAAGAAGGAGCUUGAAGAUCUCGGUGUCCAAGGUCAACCAUCUAUUAAGAAAUGCAAGAGUGCCAGAAUGAAGAGAGAAGAGGCUCAGGAGGUUGCUGAGCUUGAUGUUGGCAACAUCAUUGCCACACAGGGUCGUCCUAAACGUAGAGGAGCCUCUGCAAGUUGGGAACAGCAUGACCCUCUGUCUUCCACAUAUAAGCGCACUUUGCACUCUGGCUCUGAUAGUGAUCAGGAAAAUGAUAAAAGCAAAGGCCACAGAAAAACAAGAGACUGGGCCAACCUGCAGGGGAUCAUCAGUGAUGAUGCAGACAGUGACUGACGGAGUCACUUCCUAUUCCACUUCCACUUAGAUACGGACUCUAUUUCUGUCUGGGAUUAGAUCUUUGCAAAUUGUUUUGGUAUUGAUUCUGCACAUUUUUGCAUUUUAUUUUUGUCAAAAAAAGGUAUUCUUUGAAUCAAGGGCAGUUUUUUGCAAAGAAAUAUUUAUUAUAGCAUUAUAUUUUUGCAUCUCUAUAUAUGUCCUUUUUCAAAUAAACGUUUCAAAUAUUA